AUGUCACCAGAAGUGUCCGUCUCUGCGAUCAUGGGGCUCUUGCUCCAUGUGUCCAUGUCUACAGCGGCCUCUGCGAAUGUCACUUCCAUUGCUGCGAGCGGUUGCCUUGCCUCCAUGGCAUCACCUACGUAUAGCUCGUUUAGCUACGAACAAAUGAGCACCAACCGCUAUGCUACGCCUCUACCUACGCCACUCUCUUUGCCAACAUACGCCCCGGGUUUCUCAGAGGCGUCUGCCCUGUUGCCUGCCAACGUGACAUAUACGACCUACAGUCUCGACAAGGCGGCAACUUCUGUCGACGAUGGUCCGUACGGGCAGAGUGCGUACGUUGCCCUGUGGCAAAACCUCACGUACUCUAGCGAUCCUCCGUUCACCACUACGGUUUCUCCCACUCCAGUGGCGUCUAGCGAGCUCAUCUUUCCUCCACCGCUUGCUGCACGCCCAGUCAAUGAGGACAAGUCGUUGAAGCUGCCCUGUGAUUUCAUCUGGGGAGUUGCCGCCAGUUCUUGGCAAAUCGAAGGCGGAUUGCAGGUCGAGGGCAGAGGCGUUGGCGUUCUGGAUGGGAUAGGAGCAGUGGGCACAACUGGGCAGGACGACGCCAAUAUUGCCGACAUGAACUAUUUCAUGUACAAGCAGGACAUUGCCCGCCUCGCAGCGUUGGGAGUUCCAUACUACUCGUUCUCAAUCGCAUGGCCCCGUGUGAUGCCCUUUGGCGUUGCGGGUUCUCCGGUCAACACACAGGCAUUGGAUCACUAUGCCGACAUAAUUGAUACGUGCUACGAGUACGGUAUCAUACCCGUGGCUACUCUGUUGCACGUGGAUAGUCCUGUUGGCAUCUUCGACGACCUUGAUGCAUUCCCCGAGCACUUUUUAUACUAUGCCAAGCAGAUCAUGACGCGAUUUGGGGACCGAAUCCCCAUUUGGUUCACCAUCAACGAGCCAAAUAUCGCGGUACCGUAUGUCUAUAGCGACUACAAUGUCCUGGUUGCAGAAACAAAGGCACAUGCGGCUGUUUACCAUUGGUAUAAGGAGGAGCUCAAUGGAACUGCGCAAAUCACUACAAAGUUUGCCAACAACCUUGCCGUUCCGCGCGAUCCAAGCAACUCAUCCGACGUCGAGGCAUCGCUGAGGUAUCAAGAGUUCAUCUUGGGCAUCAUGGCGAAUCCAAUCUUCCUCGGCCAGCAAAUUCCCCAGGUUGUCCUAGACACCCCCGGUCUGAAUCUGACUGCGCUGACGGACGAGGAGAUUGCGUACAUUAAUGGCACGGCCGACUUUUGGGCUUUUGAUCCCUACGUUGCCCAAUAUGCGUGGGCUCCAGAUGCCGGUAUUGAAGCCUGUGCAGCAAACUCUUCGGAUCCUCUGUGGCCGAGCUGUGUCGAAACUGGUACGUCUCAGCAGAAUGGAUGGCUCAUGGGAGUGCCGUCCAAUGCGUACCCAAUGAUAGCACCGCAAUAUGUGCGAGAGCAAUAUGGCUACAUCUGGAACACGUACAAGCCGUCGGGCAUCAUGGUGACCGAGUUUGGGUUUCCCCAGCUGCGCGAGGAAGAGUCAGAAUUGGCCGUCAAGCUCUUCGACUUUGACCGGUCCAUGUACUAUCAAAACUUCUUGACCGAGACCUUGCACGCCAUCCACUCGGACAAUGUCAAUGUUAUUGGAGCGCUCGCGUGGAGUUGGAUCGACAAUAAUGAGUUUGGUGACUUUGCCAACGCCUAUGGUAUGCAGACUGUCAACCGAACUGAUGGUCUGUUUACAAGACAUUUCAAGAGAAGCUUUUUUGAUUACGUGGACUUUUUCCACAACAACAUAGCAAGCUAG